AAAUAGAGUUGAAUUAAAUAUCUGCCGCACAAGUUUACCUCCCAAGACAUGAAGAAUAUUUGUUGAUGAAGAGAAUUUUGAACCCAAGAUUUCUCUCAAGAGUCCAACUUAAGAUGACAAGAACUAAAAUUAACCCAAAGUCCACACUUUCUGCUGCUUCUGCUCAUUUGAGCUCUGAAAAUAUAACGGAUACUUUGAAAAGGAAAACAGAAUGUACAGAAAAUGAACUUGAUUUCUUUAAAAGGCGAAAACAAUAUAAUAAACAAUUGGUUUGUAUGCCUAAAGUAGAAGAGAAUGAAAGCCCACCUUGGAGUCACAUGGUGUAUGCGCUUGACUGUGAAAUGGUAGAAUGUCUAUACAGUAUUAACUCCUUGGCAAGAUGCUCUGUGGUUGACUAUUGGGGUUCGGUGGUUCUCGACCUUUAUGUUAAACAAACAUCCGAAGUAACGGAUUAUCGCACCAAGUACAGUGGUAUUCAACCCAAACAUGUUAUGUCCGAUGAAUCAAUUUCAUUCAAACAAGCUCAAAGUCAGGUUUUAAAUUUGUUAAAGAACAAAAUUGUGAUCGGGCACAGUUUAUUCUUCGACACACGCGCGUUAAAGAUAAAUCUUCCCACUGAACAAACCGUUGAUAUUUCAAAGUUAUCGCUUGUCAUGGAGAAAAUGAACAACUUGGGAUACAGAACCGAACAUACGUUUUCACUGAAGAAACUUGCGCGCCAUUUGUUGAACCGAAAAAUACAGACACACACACACUGUUCUGUAGAAGAUGCCACUGCCACCAUGGAUAUUUUUAAGUCUGUAUCUGAUUCCUGGUUUACGGAAAACCAACCAUUAUUUAAAGAUUACCUCAGUGGUGCUUAUUUUGAUGACCGCUACUGGCCGCCACAUGUAGACAACAACCCUUAAAGUGCUUUCAUAAUAAAUAGUUUUCAAUUA